AACAGUAACUGUAGGGAUGUCAACUGAUAAUGUUGCCAAUAUGCUAAAGGUACCAAGAGAAUUUACAAGAAAUGGUCUAUUGUCGUCUCAUUUUCUUGGCGACGUACCUUGUUUACUACAUAGUCCUGACAUUAUGAAUAGUACCUUGCUUGAUAUGGUCGAAGAGGACGGUUUAGGACCGGUAGAUUCUGAACAUGAAUCAGAACUAUUAGAGUUAGCUGCAAUGAAAUAUCAGUUGAAUUCUGAUGGGUCAAGGAAUGAAAUUUUAAAACAAGAUAUCUUUACUGAAUAUCUUCUAUCAAAUAACAGCCAACUUUCUUCAGAAUCUGCCGAUAUUGGUGGCAUUUUUAGCUUUAUAACUGGUGACAUUAUUCUGAAGAAAAAUAAUCAGCUUGCUCUUAAUAUUAAAUCAAGCAGUGUUAAUCAACUACUAUACCGAGAACUAUGCGUUGAGUUUGGAAAAAUGAAUGGAGAGGAACCUUUGGCCAUCAAAACAUAUUCAAAAACAAGAUGGCUAUCAGCGUUAGAUGUUGUGCUCAGGUUACGAGAGUUGAAACCUGUCUUGAUGGAGUUAAAUCGGGAGCCAUCCCUGGGAGUGUUUUUCGAUGAAGAAGAUUUUGUUCUAAUGGACGAUUUAACUGAUAUCUUAUCUCCUUUUCGUUCUCUUUGCGAAAUGCUUUCUAAUGAUACCUGCACGUUGAAGAACACCCUUCCUUUGCUUAUUUCCUAUAAGGAUAAAAUAGACAAAAUAUUCGUUGAAAAAUCGAAAAGUUCCAACCUAACGCACAGACAUCUCCCAGUUUUUAUUCGUUUCAGAAGGAAAAUGGAUAAAUACUAUAAAAAGUAUGUCAGUAUGGAUAUUUGUUUAUUAUCAUCUUAUCUAAACAUUGCAUUUGUUGAUAGCUCUGUUUUUAUAGAACAGUUCCCUCGUGAGAAUACCGAAAUCAAAAAAAGUGACCAUGUAAUAUCCGUUGUAUCACAAAAACUUACUGAUAUUUUAAUACCUUUUUUGAAUAUAUCUUAUUAUCCCAUUAAGGAUAGCGAUACAGAAGACAUGAUCGGUAUUUCGAGCCAUGCAGGAAGAGUGUAUAAUGCUGAAGAUUAUUCAUCAGAAGGACAAGAAGAAAAAAACUUGGAAUUUGAGGAGGAAUUUGAUGAAUUCAGUAUUAAGGAUGACUUACAAGAACAAAUCAGAUUAGAACUUGAGCAAUACCGUCUACGUGCUCUAUCAUUGGUCAAGGAGUAUUCAAACGAGGUUUUAUCCAAAUCUAAAAAACGCUGGUCGCCAUUCGACCGCCAAGUCCAGAUGAUUGUGGGGGCAGAUAAUAUAUUCUGGUCAAGGCAUAAAAGAGAGUUUCCACUGUUAUCAUUAGCUAAUAAAUUAUUCCAUUGUAUUCCAUCGACAUCGAUUCAUGCUGAGAGACUGUUCAGCUUGGCGGCACAAAUAUUUGACAAAAGAAAAAGCCAACUCUCAGAUCAAAUGUUUGAGGAUCUUUGUAUCAUACGGUCCUUCUUACUUAGAAUUAAAUUGGGGUCAAUCAAUAUCACAGAUUGUACUUUAAAUGAUGCUUUAAGAUUAACAAAGGAACUCAACUUGGAAUGA